GAGUGCCUGCGAUUGCAGGCGCGCGCCGCCACGCCUGACUGGUUUUCGUGUUUUUUUGGUGGGGACGGGGUUUCGCUGUGUUGGCCGGACUGGUCUCCAGCUCCUAGCCGCGAGUGAUCCGCCAGCCUCGGCCUCCUGAGGUGCCGGGAUUGCAGACGGAGUCUCAUUCACUCAGUGCUCAAUGGUGCCCAGGCUGGAGUGCAGUGGCGUGAUCUCAGCUCGCUACGGUCUGCACCUCCCAGCCGCCUGCCUUGGCCCCCCAAAGUGCGGAGAUUGCAGCCUCUGCCCGGCCGCCACCCCGUCUGGGAAGUGAGGAGCGUCUCUGCCUGGCUGCCCAUCGUCUGGGAUGUGAGGAGCCCCUCUGCCUGGCUGCCCAGUCUGGAAAGUGAGGAGCGUCUCUGCCCGGCCGCCGUCCCACCUGGGAAGUGAGGAGAGCCUCUCCCCGGCCGCCAUCCCAUCUAGGAAGUGAGGAGCGUCUCUGCCCGGCAGCCCAUCAUCUGAAAUGUGGGGAGCGCCUCUGCCCCGCCGCCCCGUCUGGGAUGUGAGGAGCGCCUCGGCCCGGCCGCGACCCCGUCUGGGAGGUGAGGAGCGUCUCUGCCCGGCCGCCCCGUCUGAGAAGUGAGGAGACCCUCCGCCUGGCAACCGCCCCGUCUGAGAAGUGAGGAGCCCCUCCGCCUGGCUGCCACCCCGUCUGGGAAGUGAGGAGCGUCUCCGCCCGGCAGCCACCCCAUCCGGGAGGGAGGUGGGGGUCAGCCUCCCGCCAGGCCAGCGCCCCGUCCGGGAGAACAGCCAUUUUUCUGACUUCAUGGACAAGCAAACUGGGUAUGUCACUAAGAACCUGCUGGCAACCCCGAUCGUGGUGGGCAAGGAGGUUCUUGCUGUGAUCAUGGCAGUUAACAAAGUAAAUGCAUCUGAAUUUUCCAAACAGGAUGAAGAGGUCUUUUCCAAAUACCUCAACUUUGUGUCUAUCAUCCUAAGGCUUCAUCACACCAGCUACAUGUACAAUAUUGAAUCCCGAAGAAGCCAGAUCCUUAUGUGGUCAGCCAAUAAAGUAUUUGAAGAACUCACAGAUGUUGAGCGACAGUUUCACAAAGCGCUCUACACGGUUAGAACAUAUCUGAACUGUGAACGAUACUCCAUUGGACUGUUGGACAUGACCAAGGAGAAGGAAUUCUACGAUGAAUGGCCAAUCAAGCUUGGAGAAGUAGAGCCUUAUAAAGGUCCAAAGACACCUGAUGGCAGGGAAGUCAACUUUUAUAAAAUCAUUGAUUACAUUUUACAUGGAAAAGAAGAGAUCAAAGUGAUUCCGACGCCUCCUGCAGACCACUGGACACUCAUUAGUGGGUUGCCAACAUAUGUUGCUGAAAAUGGAUUUAUCUGUAACAUGAUGAAUGCCCCUGCGGAUGAAUACUUCACAUUUCAGAAAGGACCUGUAGACGAAACUGGUUGGGUCAUUAAGAAUGUUUUGUCCCUGCCUAUUGUCAACAAGAAAGAAGAUAUUGUGGGAGUGGCUACGUUUUACAACAGGAAGGAUGGAAAACCUUUCGAUGAGCAUGAUGAAUACAUUACCGAGACUCUCACACAAUUUCUUGGAUGGUCUCUUUUAAAUACUGACACCUACGAUAAGAUGAAUAAGCUAGAAAACAGAAAGGACAUUGCUCAGGAAAUGCUCAUGAACCAAACCAAAGCCACUCCUGAAGAAAUUAAGUCCAUUUUGAAAUUUCAAGAGAAGUUAAAUGUUGAUGUAAUUGACGACUGUGAAGAAAAACAACUUGUUGCAAUUUUGAAAGAGGACUUGCCAGACCCACGCUCAGCAGAACUGUACGAAUUCCGCUUCAGUGACUUCCCUCUUACAGAGCACGGAUUGAUUAAAUGUGGAAUACGACUGUUUUUUGAAAUAAAUGUGGUGGAGAAAUUCAAAGUACCUGUAGAGGUUCUUACCAGAUGGAUGUACACUGUGAGGAAAGGGUACCGAGCUGUCACUUACCACAAUUGGCGGCAUGGGUUCAACGUGGGGCAGACCAUGUUUACUUUGCUGAUGACAGGAAGAUUAAAGAAGUACUACACAGAUCUCGAAGCCUUUGCCAUGCUUGCUGCUGCUUUCUGCCAUGAUAUUGACCACAGAGGCACCAAUAAUUUGUACCAGAUGAAAUCCACAUCUCCAUUAGCAAGACUUCAUGGUUCUUCUAUUUUGGAGAGGCACCACCUGGAGUACAGUAAGACUCUGUUGCAGGAUGAGAGUUUAAACAUCUUCCAGAACCUAAAUAAGCGGCAGUUUGAAACAGUUAUUCAUUUGUUCGAGGUCGCAAUAAUAGCAACUGACCUGGCUUUAUAUUUCAAGAAGAGGACCAUGUUUCAAAAAAUUGUUGAUGCCUGUGAACAAAUGCAAACGGAAGAAGAAGCCAUCAAAUAUGUAACUGUUGAUCCAACCAAAAAAGAGAUUAUCAUGGCAAUGAUGAUGACGGCAUGUGACUUGUCUGCUAUCACCAAGCCCUGGGAGGUACAAAGUCAGGUAGCACUUAUGGUUGCAAAUGAAUUUUGGGAACAAGGAGAUCUGGAGAGAACAGUGUUGCAGCAACAACCCAUUCCUAUGAUGGACAGAAACAAAAGAGAUGAAUUACCUAAACUUCAAGUUGGAUUUAUUGAUUUUGUUUGUACUUUUGUAUAUAAGGAGUUCUCACGGUUUCACAAAGAAAUCACACCUAUGCUGAGUGGUCUUCAGAAUAACAGAGUAGAAUGGAAAUCACUAGCUGAUGAGUAUGAUGCAAAGAUGAAGGUCAUUGAAGAGGAGGCAAAAAAGCAAGAAGGAGGAGCCGAAAAAGCUGCUGAAGAUUCAGGAGGUGGUAAUGACAAAAAGUCCAAAACAUGUUUAAUGUUGUAAUAUUAUCUAACUGGUCUAAACUUCAAAUAUCAUUUUACCUUUGAAGAAAACCAGAAAACAUUCAAAAGAACUUCAACAAAUCAUCAAGUAACAGGAUCUUCAGAAAAACUACCCUGUGACUAUGAAGAAAAUAUAUAUUGCUAGCCCAAAAAUCCCAGGGGCAAAAUAAAGUUCAACAAAAGUGCAAAAUAUGACAAAAAUAGGUACAUUUUUGGUGCCAAUUUAUUUUAAAUUAAAAAAUAUGCAAUCCUG